AUGAACCAAGUAGACCUUCAUCAAUUUCAGAUUCAUCAACAAACUACAGAACCAUCUGAUUUAUUAAACAAUUCUGAUUCAGAUCAAAACACUGCAUUGUUUAUCACUUCAUUACUAAACGGUCAACAAUCUAGAGUGAGAAGAGGUAGAGAUUCUAAUUUUAUUGAUAAUAUUGAUUUAGGAUCAGAUCCGCAUCCAUUAUUGUUAGAAGCAGCUGCUCAUCAUAAUACUAUGACUAUAGCUGAAGCUUUAGGAUUACCAAAUCCUUAUGAUAAUCUUCCUGAACGUCAAGCUAAUGAUCAAUCAUCAUGA